UAUAUUUCGAUGCUCCCCCAUCUUGCCCUCGGUCCGCUUCUCUCUCGACUUUUCUCCCCGUCGUCGUCGUCGUCGUCGUCGUCAUCUGAUCACGCGAAGAUGUCGGCUUACUGCGGAAAGUACCACGAUGAACUCAUCAAGAAUGCUGCCUACAUUGGCACGCCGGGAAAGGGAAUUCUUGCAGCUGAUGAAUCUACUGGUACAAUAGGCAAGCGUCUGGCCAGCAUCAAUGUUGAAAAUGUCGAAGCCAACCGUCGAGCACUACGUGAGCUUCUCUUCUGCACCCCUGGUGCCCUCCAGUGCCUCAGCGGUGUGAUUCUCUUUGAAGAGACCUUGUACCAGAAGACUGCUGACGGAAAGCCAUUUGUCGAGGUCCUGAAGGAAGGAGGUGUCCUCCCUGGCAUCAAGGUGGACAAGGGCACCGUGGAACUUGCUGGCACCAAUGGUGAGACCACCACUCAAGGGCACGAUGACCUCGGCAAGCGCUGUGCCAAAUACUACGAGGCAGGUGCUCGAUUUGCCAAGUGGCGAGCUGUCCUCAAGAUUGCCCCUAACGAGCCAUCCCAGCUUGCGAUCAAUGAGAACGCAAAUGGUCUUGCUCGAUAUGCCAUCAUAUGCCAGGAGAAUGGCCUGGUUCCUAUUGUGGAGCCAGAGAUCCUCGUCGACGGCCCUCAUGAUAUCAAUCGUUGCGCCCAAGUGACAGAGAGGGUGCUCGCUGCCUGCUACAAGGCACUAAAUGAUCACCAUGUGCUUCUGGAAGGGUCGCUGUUGAAGCCCAACAUGGUGACUCCAGGGUCAGACUCACCCAAGGUGGCACCGGAGGUCGUUGCAGAGUACACCGUGCGAGCCCUGCUGAGGACCGUCCCCGCGGCCGUGCCGGCCAUUGUGUUUCUCUCUGGUGGACAGAGCGAAGAGGAGGCGACUCUGAACCUGAAUGCCAUGAACCAGCUGAAGGGGAAGAAACCCUGGUCGCUCUCUUUCUCGUUCGGCCGCGCUCUGCAGCAGAGCACGCUGAAGACAUGGGCUGGGAAAGAGGAGAACGUGGAGAAGGCAAUGGCUGCCUUCCUCUCGAGGUGCAAGGCCAACUCGGAGGCGACUCUGGGUGCGUACAAGGGAGAUGCUACCAAGGGAGAAGGCGUUUCCGAGAGCCUCCAUGUGAAGGACUACAAAUACUGACCUCCGUUAAUCUUAAGGUAUGGAUGCUGUCUUGGUUAGGUUGUUUUCCUUGCGCUUUCUCGUGAUGCUUGGGAGUACCUUAGGCUGCACUAGGCAAAGAAUUUGAGGUUUCGUGUGUUAAGAACCUGACUGCUUUGUGUCUUUUGGAUGCAAUGCCUGAUAUAUUUAUGUUGGUGGUUUCCUGUGUUCUA